AUGAAUAAAGUGGUUGAGGGCAAUCCAUUCUUCCAGCAGCGUAGGAAUGCAGCUGGUAGGCUUGGCUUAUCACCUCUGCAGAAAUGCACCGCUGCAAUAAGAAUGUUAGCGUACGGUGUUGCUCCGGAUGCCGUAGAUGAAUACAUACGCAUGGGUCAAACAACAUCUAGAAAAUCAAUGCAACAUUUUACUCAAGGGGUGAUCAAGCAUUUUGAGGCCGAGUACUUAAGAAGUCCAACAGAUGAAGAUUUAAGGAGAAUCCUUCACCAAUAUGAAAUGCGUGGAUUCCCGGGCAUGAUCGGUAGCAUCGACUGCAUGCACUGGGAGUGGAAGAACUGUCCUAUGGCUUGGAAAGCACAAUACGCAGGUCGUAGCAAGAACGCAACCCUUAUCCUGGAAGCUGUUGCGGAUCAAGAUUUAUGGAUUUGGCUUGCAUUUUUUGGAAUACCCGGCUCUUGUAAUGAUCUUAACGUCCUAUACCGUUCUCCGGUGUUUGACGAUGUUUUGAAAGGUCGGGCACCACCAAUUAGUUUUAUGGUAAACGACCAUGAGUACAACAUGGGAUACUACUUAACAGAUGGUAUAUAUCCGAACUGGGCAACAUUUAUACAAGGUAUCACAUAUCCUCAACUCCAGAAGGACAAGUUAUUUGCAGAUAAACAAGGUGCAGCUCGGAAAGACGUUGAACGUGCGUUUGGAGUUCUACAGGCUAGGUUUGCCAUAUUACAACAACCCUCACUUGCUUUCGACGAAGACAUUUUGAGCGACAUAAUGAAAGCUUGUAUCAUUAUGCACAACAUGAUUGUCGAGGAUGAACGACACAAUUACACUCGUGCCGAAGUUUUGAGAAGGUAUUAUGAAGAAGAUCGCCCUCAGCUUCAUAGAGCAAGGUCCGGUCUGAGUACAAAUGCCACAGUGAAUAACAACGAGCCUUUCGAAUUUGACGUUGGCCGACCACCAAACGUUGAUUUUGACGCGUAUAUUCAAAGAAGAAUUACCCUGUGUGAUAGCCAAACCCAUUUUUCUUUGAAAGAUGAUUUAUUUGAGCAUAUUUGGCAAAAAUACGGUCGUACAAAUAAAUAA